CUCCGCAGGUGAGGAGGAGGAGGCAGAACAAGUUCUCUCUGGACUCUCGGUUCCGUUUCGGCUCCAGUUCUCCUCAGACCUCCAGCUGAUUGCAGAGCCGGACCGGACCCACCGGGUCUGCAGCUCCUCCGGAUCCAGGUUCGGAUGAGAAACUCGGUUCCUGCGUUCAGAGGUUUUGUCAGAACUGAUCCGGUUUUUGGGUCUGAAGUUAAACCAGCUCCGGUUCUUUUGGACUCUGGCGGAUGAAGGUUGAAACUUUAAAGAACCGGUUUUUGGAUCGAUCCGGAUCAAAGCGGAGGAUUUAAACUCUUCAGCAUCUCCUCAGUUUCUCUCCGAACUUUGGUUCCGUCCAUGGAUCUCACUGAUCAGGUCUGAGGUCCAGAUGAAUCCAGACCCAGAGCCUCCGGUUCUUCCUCGUGAACGCUCAGGUCGGUUUGGAUCUGGAUCGGAACCAGAGCAGCUCCUCCUUUGCUCCUCCAGGUUUUGUGAUUUUUAAUAAAAAACUGCUUCUGGACCGGGUCAGGAAGUGGUCCACCUGAACCCGAGUCUACAUUCUGGACCCAGAACCAACUUCAGUUUUUUCUUUUUGAUAAAACUGGAUCUGAGCUUUUGGUACCGGGUAGCUCCUGAUUCCAUGAGAGUUCUGAGAAACUUGAUUUGGACCCAAACAGGUUCUUUUGGUUCUCCAGUUGUCCAAUCAGAACCAGAACCAGAAACAAACUUUAUUCACUGUAACUGGACCUCAGAACUUCUUCAGAUGGUCUGGAUCUCCUCCAGAACUCAAGACCUCCUGGACCUGAAGAGUCUGAGGAGGAGUUCUCAGAAGAUCCAUGAAUCCAUUAGAACCCUGGAAUCUCAGAACCAAGAUCUCUGAGGUGACCCUGAAGACCUAGAGGAACCUCAGAACCCUGAACCCGAGCAGGUCCAACGAAAACCUUCAGAAUCUUCAGAAGACCCACCAGUGCACCUGGUGGACCCGCAUUAGAGACCCUGUGGAAGACUCUGAGGGUUCUGUUGGUCCGACCCGCCUGCAGGUCCAAUGGGGACCCUCAGGGACCUGCAGUACGCCCUGCAGGAGAAGAUCGAGGAGCUGCGGCAGCGGGACGCCCUGAUAGACGAGCUGGAGCUGGAGCUGGACCAGAAAGACGAGCUGAUCCAGCGCCUGCAGAACGAGCUGGACAAGUACCGCUCGGUGAUCCGGCCCGCCACGGCCCAGCAGGUCCAGGCCCAGCAGCAGAACCUGGUCCUGCAGCCGGACCAGCACCGUAGCAAGAGGCAGGCCAUCUCAGCAGAACCCACGGCCUUCGACAUCAGCCAGCUGAGCCACGUCACGCUGCCCUGCUACCCCAAGAGUCUGCAGUCCAAGGAGCUGAUAAAGGAGGCCAUCCUGGACAACGACUUCAUGAAGAACCUGGAGCUGUCUCAGAUCCAGGAGAUCGUGGACUGCAUGUACCCGGUGGAUUACGGCAUGGACGCCUGCAUCAUCAAGGAGGGAGACGUGGGCUCGCUGGUCUUCGUCAUGGAAGAGGGGAAGGUGGAGGUGACCAAAGAGGGCAUGAAGCUGUGCACCAUGGGACCAGGAAGAGUGUUCGGAGAGCUGGCCAUUCUCUACAACUGUACCAGAACCGCCACUGUCCGGACUCUGACCCACGUGAAGCUGUGGGCCAUCGACCGGCAGUGUUUCCAGACCAUCAUGAUGAGAACCGGACUCAUCAAACACGCCGAGUACAUGGACUUCCUGAAGAGCGUUCCGACCUUCCAGGACCUCCAGGAGGAGACUCUCAGUAAACUGGCCGACGUCAUGGAGGAGACUCACUACGACGACGGGGAGUACAUCAUCCGUCAGGGAGCCCGAGGAGACACCUUCUUCAUCAUCAGCAUGGGCAGGGUGAACGUCACCCAGGGGGAUUCCACCAACAAGGAGAUGGUCCACCUGCGGGAGCUGGGCAGAGGAGACUGGUUCGGAGAGCGGGCGCUGCAGGGGGAGGAUGUUAGAACAGCCAACGUCGUCGCUGUCGACCCCGUCACCUGCCUCGUCAUCGACAGAGAAUACGAGGCAGAGAACGCCUUCUUCUCCAGCCUGAAGCUGAACGACUUCAACAUCAUCGACACGCUGGGAGUCGGAGGCUUCGGACGAGUCGAGCUGGUGCAGCUGAAGAGUGAAGAGGCCAAGACGUUCGCCAUGAAGAUCCUGAAGAAGAGACACAUUGUGGACACGAGGCAACAGGAACACAUUCGCUCUGAGAAGCACAUCAUGACUGAGGCCCACUCAGACUUCAUUGUCAGGUUGUACCGGACCUUUAAGGACAGUAAAUAUCUGUACAUGCUAAUGGAGGCGUGUCUGGGUGGAGAGCUUUGGACCAUCCUGAGGGACAGAGGUUCGUUCGAUGAUUCAACCACCAGGUUCUACACCGGCUGCGUGGUUGAGGCGUUCUCCUAUCUGCAUGCCAAAGGCAUCAUAUACCGAGACCUGAAACCGGAGAACCUCAUCCUGGACAGCCGAGGAUACGCCAAGCUGGUGGACUUUGGUUUUGCGAAGAAGAUUGGCUUCUGUAAGAAAACAUGGACUUUCUGUGGAACACCAGAAUACGUGGCUCCAGAGAUCAUCCUCAACAAAGGUCAUGAUGUCUCUGCAGACUAUUGGUCUCUGGGUAUCCUGAUGUACGAGCUGCUGACCGGCAGUCCUCCGUUCUCAGGUCCAGACCCGAUGAAAACCUACAAUGUCAUCCUGAGAGGCAUCGACAUGAUCGAGUUCCCCAAGAAGAUCACGAAGAAUGCAGCCAACCUCAUCAAGAAGCUCUGCAGGGACAGUCCUUCAGAGAGAUUGGGGAACCUGAAGAAUGGGGUGAAGGACAUCCAGAAGCACAAGUGGUUCGAAGGUUUUAACUGGGACGGUCUGAGGAAAGGAACUCUGACUCCGCCCAUCACACCUCAGGUCUCGUCUCCGAUUGACACCAGUAACUUUGACAGUUUUCCUGAGGACACGGAUGAACCACCACCUGACGAUAACUCUGGAUGGGACUUUGACUUUUAAACUGGGUUUGGACUCUGUGAGACACGAUGAAGAGCAAAGACCAGGAGGUGGACCAGGUGAAACACCUAUGAAGUCCAGCUGGAUUCAUGUUUAUGGCUGAAAUGAUGAAAUGUCAGUAGGUGGAAAGAACCUGUUCCAGAAGAAACAAACUGCAGGUUCAGAUCUGUCCAGGAUCUGGAUCGGUUCUGGAAACAUCAGCAGAUGUUGAAUUUUGAGUCUCUUACUUCCUCAGAUCUUCUGAUUCUUUGAAUUUUAUUAAAGAACUGUAGAAACUGACAGAAAAGAUUUCUCUUUAUGAUCAAUUGUUUGUCUUCAGGAGAACAUUUAGGAAGUUCUUCCAUCAACAGGUGGACCUCUGUGAUCUGCCUUUGUGCCCGGGUUAUUGCUGCAGAACUUGAUGUCCCGGAUCUUCCUGCAGGAACAGAACUAAUCAGAGCUCAGUUCCUCCUACCUUUAAAAAGAAAUAAAAUCCCUGCUUCCACUGACAACAAGACAAAGAUGAACAAAUAAAAAGAACAUAAAUGGCUUUAAAAACUCUGAAA